GAGGACCAUAGUUUAAGCGACACUCUUUGGUUUCGAUUAGAUCGGUCCAAUUUAUUAAUAUAUUCAUUCACAUCUUCCGCCAUUGAAUUUCAAAACUCUUCAUCCUUCCCUCACGAUCUCUCUAUCACCAGAUUCAAUGGCGGCGAAAAAACCCGGAGUGAUCGCUUUGUUCGACGUCGACGGCACUCUCACUGCUCCGAGGAAGGAGGCUACUCAAGAAUUGCUCGAUUUUAUCCGAGAAUUGCGUAAGGUCGUCACUAUUGGAGUCGUCGGUGGAUCUGAUCUAAGCAAGAUAUCUGAGCAGCUUGGGAAAACAGUCACUCACGACUAUGAUUAUUGUUUCUCUGAGAAUGGUCUUGUUGCCCAUAAAGAUGGGAAAUCCAUUGGAAUUCAGAGCCUGAAGCUGUACCUUGGAGAAGAUAAACUCAAGGAGUUGAUUAACUUCACGCUGCACUACAUUGCUGACUUGGAUAUUCCCAUUAAAAGGGGAACAUUCAUUGAAUUCCGUAAUGGAAUGCUCAAUGUAUCACCUAUUGGUCGGAACUGCAGCCAAGAAGAAAGAGACGAAUUCGAGAGAUAUGAUAAGGUUCAAAACAUCAGACCAAAGAUGGUAGCUGAACUUCGUGAGCGGUUUGCCCAUCUUAAUCUUACUUUCUCAAUUGGAGGACAGAUUAGCUUCGAUGUCUUCCCUAAAGGUUGGGAUAAGACUUACUGCUUGCAAUACCUGGAGGACUUCAGUGAAAUCCAUUUCUUCGGUGACAAAACCUAUGAGGGUGGAAACGAUUAUGAAAUUUAUGAGUCACCAAAAACAAUUGGUCAUUCAGUUACGAGUCCAGAUGACACAAUGGCAAAAUGCAAGGCUCUGUUUAUGUCUUGAAACACUAUCCAUCUGGAUAAACAGUGUCAAGAGUUUGAUUCUUCUUUGGCGAAAUCUUACAACUUUUGAUUGUUUACAGUACAAGAAAUGGAAAGAAGUUUGUUUGAAUACUAUCAAUACUGUAUGUUUUGAAUUUUGAUUCAUCAAAUAAAAUAAGGUCAAAGAUA